AUGCCAUCACAGCACCAAAUUCCAGCCACACUCUGCAUAGCAGGUAUUCUCAUUGUAGCGCCAUAUUGGAUCACGGUGAACUUGGCUAUCCAGGGAGAGAAAGAUGAUACAUACGGAAAGUUGUUGGCUCGCAUGAACCAGCAAGAUGGAAAGGCCAACAGAUGGAAGAAUUUCAUCAAACCCUCCAUUGACUGGUGGAUCGAAGAAUUCGAAGCGGGUCGAGUGACACAAAACGUUGAUGGGAGUAGCACUGCACUCUCAGGCAACGACUUGCUUGCUACCACGUCAAAGGUGAAACUCCAGGCACAGUAUCAUUAUCAUGAGCAGUCUAUCCGGUACGAUCUGAAGGAUCUUUCCGACCUGAUAUUGUAUCAAGAUGAACAGUACCUGGUUGUCAAUAAGCCUGUAGGAGUCGAUGUUCUUGAAAAUCCUGCAGCUGGUCGUGUCCACAAUUCUCUGCCUGGUUUGCUCAAGGAACUAUUUUCCCGUCAUCCGUCCACAGCCAAUACCAAAAUCAUACCCGCCCAUCGAUUGGAUGGUCCUGUCUCUGGCGUCGUCUGCUGUGGCAUCACCAGUAAGGAUACUAGACGGCUACAACGGAAAAUCCAACUAGGACAGACUUCCAAGUCAUAUGUAGCCCGCGUUCAGAUCCCUCCGAGUGGUCUUCCACAGCUCCCAUUGACAAUCGAGACUCAGAUGGGGUUUGACAACUCCAAGUCACUUGCCUAUGUGGUAGAGGAGGACACUUCUAAAAAAGACGCAAAAUCCACCAAUGGCGACAACGGCAAGUACUCCAAAACAGUAGUCCAAGAGUGCCUUCGGACAAUCAAAGAAGACAAUACGGCCAUUGUGACGAUUCGACUGUUCACUGGUCGAAAACAUCAGAUUCGAUGUCAUUUGCAACAUGUGGGAUUGUCGAUUGCCAAUGAUCAUCGCUACGGAGGAAAGCAAAGAGCGCCACCCUUGUCAGCAUUUGAUCUACCGAAUCCACGGAAGGAGCUGAUGGACAUGCUUCGAAAGGCUUGGAAGGAGGGUCAAUCGAAAUCGAAUUGCACCUUUUGCGAGUUUGAACAAACAUUGCUGAAGGAAGCGUCCUCGCAAAUAUCCAAGAAUGAACGGUUAGGGCCCAGUGUCAAUACUGGAAUCUGGCUCCAUUCCUGGAAGUAUGCCUUUCCAACCUUGGGUAUGGAAUUCGAAGCACCGUUGCCGCAGUGGGCAAGAAGGUCAGAGCCACCGAAACAAGACACAUGA